ACCGCUACGAAAUGUGAAAAGUAGUAAAGUAGAAUUCUGUAGUGAAAAAAAAUCCGUAGGGCCAUGCCUCGUUAUUGAGCUACUCUGGAGUUCCCUGUGGGUUAUUUCCAGCACAACUUGGUGGUUAUGUGUUCAUAAAAUACUCUCGUGCUUCGGGCAUUCUCUUUCCCGCAGGAGAAUCUCAUUUUUUUAAUUAAAAAAGCAAAAAAAACCAAUAAGUUUAGAGUGACGACAUCAUAACCUACAAAAUGGAUUAAUUUUUAACAUCUAAGUGUUAUCAUUCACCACGUUACUAGAGAUAAUAACCUCAUUAUAUUUGAGAUCAUGGAGAUGAUAGUUGCUGAUAAAACAGCCUCAAAUCCGCCUCCGGUGAGGGCUGAACCACCUGGUGAAAAAGCUCAAAAUGAUAUUUUCGAAAUUUCAUCAAAUUGGUGGGUGUCCAAGGAUAAAUCCCUCAGAAACACAGUUACAACAGUUCUCCAAAAGGAUUUUUCUGGAAGCAUGCCCUUAGAGGACAUCGCAUACGAACAUACGAGCAUAGAAAUUCAGCCGAAACCCGACUACGAGCCCUGUACCAUAGACAUCAAACUGAAGAAUGGGCAGAGGAUAGUCAGGAUAGCAAUUGCAUCCGAGGCUGAGGUCCUGGAGAUAUUUAAAGAGAGUGGAGAGUAUGCUGCGACUAUGUUCUCAGAGUUCAUCGAUGAAUUCGAGGGAUGCACUGUUUACCUGGGAGGAAUUGUCUUCGACAAGCCCACGAGAGAAGCCAGUAUAAAGUUCACUAGAGUAAAGAAUGAACGUUCAUCAGUAUUUAUUUAUGGAAUUCGUCUCGUCCUGGACGAUUCCAAGCCUUCGAACAGUCCUCGCUCAGAAGAGUCGAGCUAUAACACCAUAAUUAGCGAUUUCCUGACGCUGUUAAAACCUAAACGGAAUAAUUUGACUGGAAAAGCGUCUCAAAAGGUUGGAAAUUCUCGGAAUAUCAUUUUAAAAGACUCUGGAAUGGCGCAGUACGUUCGAAAGCUCGAGAAUAAGACGUCAGCUUCUCCAGCUGACUCUCAGAGUGACGACUCUGAGAAAAAAGCGUUUAAAAGUAAUAAAAAAGCUACGAAACCGAAAUUUUCUGCGAAUAAUAACAACUCUCCAGGUGAACAGCCUGCAAAUUAUUCACAAACAAUCAAUGGAAGUGUUGAUUUAUCCGGUUUACAAUCGAUUAUCGAUACUAAACUCGGAGAAAUGGAGAACAGACUGAUGGAGAGAAUCGCCGAAGUGGAGCGAAACACUAACAAAACUUUGGCAGAAAUUCUCAGCAAACUAGAGACUUUAACCAAUGCUAAAUAGUCUAGAUUGAAUCUACUAAAUAUUGUAAUUUAUAAACGAACUUUUGUAAUUAUAGAGAAUAAUGCAAAAUACAAGGUAUAAAUGCUACCUGACGCGUUGAAAAAUAUAACUAUGCACUGUU